GUCAUUGGGGUCUGUAAAGUCUGUGGACCAGAAAAAGUUGAGUUUAAUCGAUUUCUUCUUGAAUCAAAACCUGAAGUGGUAAAUUAUUCAAUUGUACUUGUAAUUAAGUUUUAUUUAGGUUACUAGUUAUACGACUAGAGCCAUGGAUACAAAAAGGACUCAACUGGAUGAAAACAAUAAUGAAACACCACCAUUGAAAAGAAGACGAAAUAACUUGUGUAACAUUGUCUCACUGCCUGGGCCUGGAGAAACACAAUUGCGUCACAAGCGUGCAAAACGAGUUCAAAGCCAGUGGGCAUAUUUGCCUGCAGAGGUUUUGGUGAACAUAUUUGGAUAUCUAGUAAACCAAGAUACUGGAGCAUUGCCUUGCCUUCUACGGUUAUCCAAGGUUUGCAGACACUGGAGAAUGACUGCAAAUAUACCAUUUUUAUGGUCAAAUUUACAUUUUGCUCCAUAUGUGUUGAAAAGUCAACGGGAAUUUAAAAAUAAUGUGAAGUCGUUCAGAUUAAUGGCAGGAGCUCAUUUUUGCUCUGUGGAGAAUUUAGUAUGCGAUGAGUUGCCCAUGGUUGCUCCAAUUAUUAUAAAAACGAUAUCUAAUUAUGCAAGAAGGAUUCGAGUACUUUCAAUUCAAAGAUGUGGCUCAAUUUCUAUGAAGAAUUGCUUGCAAGCUAUAGUAGAUCGACAUUUGUCAUCACUCCAAGAAUUUUGUAUAUGUCAUACAUCAAUUCCUACCUUCGACAUCAGAAAAAUCUUGUCAGGAGCGGGUGAACAACUAACACGUCUUGUAAUGAUCAAUCCUGAAUUUCCGCGUAAUUUACAAAUCUCUCUCAACCAUCUGAAGAAUCUUACAGUUCUAAAAAUUGAAUGCGGCAGAACUUUUCGCAUAUCCAAUAUAAAAAAAUUGAAACCUUUGAGGGUGCUGCACUUAAUAAACAUGCAUUUGGAUAGCAGUGAUUGUCUGGAAGUUGAUUUCCCAGAAUUAGAAGAUUUGAAUUUGUCUGUUAAUGAUUAUUUUUAUGUUAAAGAAACAGAUAAUCGAAUGCUCACCUCAAUUUUUUCAAAAAGCCCUAACAUAAGGAGCGUCAAUUUGCAUAAUCGUAGAAUGAAUGUUUACCAUUUAAUCCCCUCUCUGGAAAACUGUCGUAAAAUUGAAUUUCUCGACAUAUCAGGAUUUUAUGGAUCAAGCUUCUCUACUCUAUUGCUUCAUGUUAGUGGAUCAUUAAAAGAAUUCCAUCUGGAUAAUUAUGGAGAUUUAAAUGCAGAACUAUAUUCCUGUGUAGAUAUAAUGUAUUGGCAGUCAAUUUCCAUUCUUUCCUUGCGCUACACCAACAUUUCAGCUCGAGUUUUAGAACUGCUUCUCCAUUACUGUCUUACAAAUAUGCAAGUAUUGAAUUUGGAUGUCUGCCAUUGUCUACCGAAAUGUUUAAGAAAAAGAUGGGAGAAAGAUCAAUUAGCACAAAUAAAAGAAAGCUUGAGACAAUUACAUCAGCAGGGAAGACGACAUACAUAGUUGAAAUAUGGGUGAAAUCUUCAAGUAAAUCUGUAUUUGAAUAGCAAUCUUCAAAUAUCUCCAGGUUAAGUUUUGGAAGCUACUGCAUCUCAACACCUCCUUAUUAAUUACUCUAUUAAUCUAAGUAUUUCAAAUCAGGCAAUUUUAUGAGUGUCUAGUACAGGGUGGUCCAAGGUUGUCGGCUCCGCGGGCCACAAUAGUGCCAAGAGUAGGUAAACAGUGCAAUACAAAACAAACACUUUUAUUGUGCAAUCACAUAGUCAUCAGGCAUAGCCAUUCGAUUUUUAGUUUACUAUGAUGCCAAUAUUGUUAUCAAUCAUAUAUUCCCGACCAAAAAGUUAGAAAGCUAGAUAACAUAGACUGCCAAGCACAUCAUUCAACUUUGCUAAUUUCCCCAGGUAGCCAUAAAACUAUUUAAGUGAUGACAAUAUGUCAAAAGACUUUUCUGAUUAAUUUUAUGACAAAAUGUGACGCGGGCCACAGAUAAUGAAGCGGCGAGCCACAUGUGGCCCGCGGGCCUGGGUUUGGAUCACCCUGGUCCAGUAUUUCUAUCUCGUUAUAUUAAUAUUAUUUUGUAUCUAUUAGAACUUAACCCCAACUGGGGCUUCUAGUGCAAAAUGCUGCUUUGCCAAUUUUCCUUAAAAAUCAUUCUUUAUUUUUCUGUUUUCCACUGUGUGAAGCUAGUGACCACUGUGUGAAGUGUUUUCUCCACGACUACUAUCUCAAGUUCUUCUUUUCACAG